AUGGCAACCCAGCUCGUUGUCGACAUCCACACUCAUGUCUACCCACCGUCAUACUUGGCGAUGCUUCGCGCACGCAAAACAGUCCCCUACGUCCACGAUCCAGCCGAAGGUGAACCCCGUCUAAUCAUCCUAUCAUCAGACGAUGACCCAGCCACACCCCUCGAUCAACGAGGCCGUCCAGUCGACACCUCCUAUUCAGACAUAAAUGUCAAGCUAGCCUUCAUGGAAAAGCACGGCAUUCACUGCAGUGUGAUCUCGCUCGCAAACCCAUGGCUAGAUUUCGUCCCCAGUCCCGAAGCACAAGAAUGGGCCGAACGAAUCAAUAACGAUCUCGACUCAACCUGUGCCCAGGUUAACCAGAGUUCCGACCCAGAAGGAACGAAGUCUGCAACGGAGAAACAAACUCUUUUCGCCUUCGGUGCUUUGCCAUUGAGUGCGCCAUCCAGUGUCGUCGUUGAGGAGAUCAAAAGGCUAAGCACACUUCCCAAUAUCCGUGGUGUGAUCAUGGGUACGUCUGGACUGGGAAAGGGACUCGAUGAUCCUGCGCUGGACGCUAUUUGGCAAGCAUUGGAAGAGACACAGUUACUUCUUUUCCUGCACCCACACUACGGUCUGCCAGAUGAGGCGUUUGGAGGUCCUGAGGCGGUCUCUCGGUACGGACAUGUUCUCCCGCUUGCGCUGGGCUUCCCGCUGGAAACUACUAUUGCUGUGACGCGGAUGUUGCUGAGUGGGGUCUUUGACCGGUUCCAGGAGCUGAGGGUGCUGCUUGCUCAUUCUGGCGGUACUCUUCCAUUCCUGGCGGGUAGGAUUGAGAGCUGCAUUAUGCAUGAGCGGAAAUUUGUUGUUAAUGGUGGUGAUGAGCCGGGGCCGCAGCGGAGUAUUUGGGAUGUUUUGCAGACGAAUAUCUAUCUUGAUGCGGUAAUUUAUGGUUCUGCGGGCUUGCAGGCGGCUGUUGCUGCUGGAAGUCAUGAUCGUCUUAUGUUUGGUACCGACCAUCCGUUUUUCCCGCCUUUGCAGGAUGAAGAUGAGAAGUGGCCUAGUGUUACGACGAACUAUAAGGCUAUUAGAAGCUGCUUCGGGGACGAGAAAGCAGACUCUAUUGGUUUAGUACUAGGGAGUAACGCGAAUCGCGUUCUAAGAUUGGGGCUUGAGUGA